AUUCGAUUCCAAUGAACGAUUCAUAAUAUUGCUCACCACAAGCGAAGAAGAGCAGUUUAUAGCAUACUCACAGCAGCGAAAACAACAUCUGUAGCACAUCAUUUCAUCUCACCGGUAAAUGCCCGAAGAUUCAACAUGGUUUGUGGCGGAUUUACGUGCUCGAAAAACGCCCUCUGUUCGCUAAAUGUAGUUUAUAUGCUGGUGGGUCUCCUGUUGAUUGUCGUAGCAGCAUGGGGGAAAGGCUUUGGCAUUGUCUCCAGCAUCCACAUCAUUGGUUUUCUGACAAGAUGCAUCUUAGGAGUUUGGCUGGCCAUGCGCUACAGGAACCAAAAGGACCCGAGGGCGAACCCCAGUGCUUUCUUAUAGUCCCUCAGACCGUCUGUCCUAAACUAUGUUUAGACUAGUCCAGCUAUUCCAGUUCCCUUUUGCACAGGUAGAGUGGAGCGCACCAAGAGACAAUUAAAGCAUUAAACGUAGAACACAACCACUGAUCCCCACAACAAACUCACAUCUGCACACCCGGUUCAAAACACACUAGAUAACGCACCACACCGCACAUACAAACACAUCUAUUUUGAUGACCCAUUUUCCACACAACGUCUGCAGAGGGCUAAUUUAAACCAGCAGGAGGAGGUAUCAUGUAUGAUAGGAUGCUCGUUCUGGCACUUCCCCCAUCCUUGAUGUGAGAAACUCUUCCUGUUUUCUGUAUGCAAAACGAAAAUCUACAAUGUAAAGCCAUCGGUGUCUGCAUGUUCAUAGCCUCAGUUUCUUGUGACAUGGUCAGCUCACUUAUGUACACAUAACUAGGUAUAUAGUGCCGAAAUGGUCCCUGUAGUUUCAGUGUAACGGAAAGUUAACCCACAUAAACUAUGUUAAUGUUUAGUAUCAGUUAGUCAGGGUGAAAUUCUGUCAUGUAUCUCCCAGGAAAACCGCAUCCAUGUCCGCUUUGAAUCAGUGCAGACCUGAAAAUCACCUGUGUUUUGUGCAAUGCUUUAAGAAGUCCGUCUCGAUGAGGUGACCAGUCCAGCCUAUGGGAUAUUAGUUUAGGAAUUAGACCCAGAGCGUGAAUAUUUAAAAAACACUUGUUGAACUGUGUGUAACUGAGCCAUGUGAUUGGGAGGAUUCCCCCUGCCGAUGGACUGCAGCCCUCCUGUUGUACAUAGUCUUUACCGUGACAGGGUCGGCGUUCACCAAUUUACAGAUUCUUUUCCAUUCUUAUUUAAACUCUCGCUAUUCUCACUGGACUUUUUAAGUUUUUCAUUUCCUUUGAAGCUUAGUAUUACUCAUGGAUAUAGUGUUUUAAUAUCUUAUGCAUUCAUUUGUGGAUGUUUGUUGAAAUAAUUUCGGCGUGCCAUUUGCUCAGUUAUCUGUCAGCUUGGUUUAAGCCACAUACUCGUGCACUAAGUUGCAGUUUUUAUUAUUUGUAAUCAUGUAUCGCUUCUUUCCUGCUAUUUUUAAAAAGUACUAACGGCAUCAGGUCCAUAAUUUUAGCACUGAAUAAUGUGCCAUUUCAGUUAAAACCUUCUUAUUUUUUUGUUUUGCCAAAUUUUUUGUUGUUGCGCUUAUAAUUUUUUUUCUUGUUUUGUGCGAAUAGUGUUAAGUUGCCAAGUGUGCAUUUUUUGCAAUGUUGAACAUUGUUAUUGUAGUAGAUAGAUAAUUUGUAAUGACUUUUGUGCACAUGCAUAUGUUAAUUCCAUAGGUCCAGUAUGUUCUUGUUAAUUUGCUUACUCAUAUUAAUAGAGGAACAUACUGGCUAUAAUACUCAAAGUCUUAACCGCUUUAGUUUCCACCCCACAUGAUCGAGAAAAUGGAAACACUGAACCAUCACUCAGUACAGCUUAAAUGUGUUCUGCUUUACUUGGUCAUGGUAUUAUGAGCGUGUUUCACUGAUGGAUUUUGAAGAGGUGAAAUCAAUGUCUGUGCUAUAGUAGUUAUUUAUUGCAAUUGUGAGAAGGCCACGAUAACCGACUCGGUGAGCUGUAAGCACCACUUACCCUGGAUUUGCCUUGUAUUUUUGAAACGGACUUUUCCAAUUAAAUAUUCUUAGAUCAA